AUGGUGUUCCUUCAGGAAUUCAACCAUCCUGCCACGUUUGACGAAGCUGAAGCUCUGUGUAAUUCUGAGGGCGGACAUCUUGCUUCGAUUCAUAGCAGCGAAGAAAAUGACUUCGUUUAUGUCAAGUUGCGACCUGCCUACUCCGACUUCGUUUGGAUUGGUCUACACCAAGCGCACUGGCCUGCGAGCAAAGCAUGGACAUGGACCGACGGAACUCCCUUCGAUUUCCACAUUUGGUCUGUUGGCGAACCAAACGACUAUAAACAUGCGGAACACUGCGCUCAGGUGGCUUCGUUCUAUGACAUUAGCGUUUUCUUUCACAAAUUCUAU